AUGGGCAUCUCAGGCCUGGUCCGAGACUUCAAAGGGAGACUUGGCCGGUAUCGGGCCGCCGUGGAGAGUGCCCAGAGGUCUCACCAGCAGAAGAAGCAGCAAAGGGGCAGCCGGCGGACAUCCGAGCUGGACGAGGCGGAGAAGGGCAAAAUUCUCAAGGAGCUGGAGGAGGUAAAGGUCGAGGAGUUGGAGGUCAUCGGAGCCUUCGUUACCUUCACCCAUGUGAAGCACAAGGAGUUUAUCAGCCAAGAGUACCGAUUCAGUCGCAUCAUGGUCCUGGGAAGGUGGUUGCAGGGUGACGAUCAGCGCUUUAAAGGUGACGCGAUUCGCGUUUCCGAUGCGCCGCUGCCAGCGGACAUCUUCUGGGAGAACAUCGAUUGCCCAAAGAACAAAAGGAGGUUCAAAAGAGUUGUCAUUGCCGGUGCCUUCCUGGUGCUGGUCCUUGUCAUGAUUCUCUGUCUGAGCCUGGCGAAGUGGGGCCGGGAGGAAGCGCAGGCCCAAGGGAGCGGCCUCUGCCCUGCAGCAGCAGAUGCCACAGAGUCUCAAAAGCUCUACUGCUCUUGCACCGCCAUUGGGAUACAAAGCGUCCUGCGCGACAUACCGGCGGGAACGCGGCGGGAGUGUAGUUCCUGGCUGGAGACGUACGCAUACUCCCAGGCGAUGAUGAUGCUUGCAGUGGCUUUCUCGUCUGUUAUCAACAUCGCUGCGGGCGUGCUGAUAUCCAUGAUUGCGCACUUUGCGCAGCCACCCAACUUCACCGUCUUGGAGUCCCGCAUCAUGCAGAUGACUUUUGUCGUGAAAGUGCUGACGCUGGGGGUUGUGGUCACGCUCGUAAAUGCGGACUUUCAGUUCUACAUUGGCAGCUUAAAAGGCUUUUUGGGUCUACUGGGGGCUGGGCAGUUCAAAGACAUCGACAAGGCAUGGAAUGCCGCAGUGGGUGUCGAGAUCCUGACACUUAUCGUUUUCAGCAUCAUGAACGAGAUCAUUGCCAUUGCCUUCGUCCUGCUUUUCAAGAUAAAGUGCUAUUGCCUGGCUGGGCGGAAGGUUGACUGGCGAUCCAUGAAGGAGUUGUUUACGCCACCCCAGUUUGAGCUUGCCAACUACCACGCCGACCAGUUGAGCCUUGUCUUCGCCUGCCUGCUGUUCUCCAGUUGUCUACCGGCCGUGUUGAUCGUCCUCGCUGUGCGCUUGUUCUCCAUGUGCCUCAGAUGCCUCCUAUGUUCUAUAGUUUUGGUAGCAUGA